AUGACAGCUCAAAAAAACCUGCAGGAAAGGCAGAGCAAGCGUGGUGCACACACAGCUCAUUCCUUCAACAGGACACAGCCCAUGGCCAUCCUCUCCCACGCUGCCAGAUCGUGUUGGGGAAACACUUCAGUUGUGAUCCGUAAAAACUGCUCCGAAAGGGAGCAGGCGUCUGCCGGGAGCCCUGGAAGGACGGGAGGAAGGGAGGGAAGGCAGGAGGGAGGCUGGCAGCGAGGCGGGAAAGAGAAAAGAGCCCAUGUGCAGCGGGAAGCACAGAGCGCGCGAGUCCUCAGCGGGCAGCGCUUCACCGGGGCAGCAGCGCCGGCAAUAAAACAGCGCAGGGAGGAUGCCGCUGCCUCCUGCGGCCCUCCCAGAAAAGCAGUCGCUCCCUUUUCCCGAAAACUUUGCCUGAGUAAGUUUGCACGAUCAGUUCCUCAACACAUAAUCCAAAGAGAUAUCGACGUUCCCAGCGGUACCCACGGCUCCCCGGGGCAGCGCCGGUCACCUGCCCGCACCCCCUGCGUGCUCCCCCGCCGCGGGACAAGCCGGCCCCGGGACAAGCCGGCUCCGGCCGGAGCUCCUCCGGCAGCGCGGCCGCCGCUCGGGGAGGGUAGGGCAGGACCGCGGGGGCGGGAGCUCGCUCCAAGCCCGCUCCAAGCUCGCUCCCGCCGCCGGCCGAGCCCGCCGCGCACCCUCCGCGCAGCCCGGCGAACUCCCGCCGCUGCCCCGCCGCGGUCCUUACCCUCUUCCCCGGCUUUCGCAGCGCUGGGAAAGGGGGGGGGACGCGCUCCGGGAGCGCGGUCUCUCCAUCCGCGCCCCCCCGCGCAGCGAUGUCCCGCGGGGGGCGCGGGCGGUGCCGAAGGUGCAGCCGGCACCGAGGGAACAAAGGCGGCGGCGGCGGGGAACAAAGAGCGGCAGAUCUGCCUAAAGAAAUUCUGCAAGAUUUGGAGCCCUGAUUUUCUGUGAGGAAAUUUUUCUUUUCUGGACAAAAGUGAAUCCUGCACCUUUUCAGUGUCAUUUCAGCUGGAGCCUGAGAAUGCACUGACUUGCAGAACCAACAAUCAAAGCUGGCUACUACUUGACUGCCCUGCCUUGGCAAACACCUGGUCCAAUUCAUGCUUUGUUGCCAUCCUGGCAACAAACCAACCUGUGAUGGUUCUUUGUGUACUUUUUUUACUUGUUUUAUUGAGGAUUAAUUAGUGUUUGUAUAGUGGCACAGCUGUCUGGUGCUCCAUGGACACAGCUGAAGGCAAAGGCCGUUGGGCUAUGCUGUGGUUUCCUAAUUCCUGUGUUAUGGCUAGUGUAAUGCAUAUCCUUGAAGUGAAACAAACAUUUCUGACUGAUUUAUGACUUUUGACUGCCAGUUUUCUUGUGCUAGAGGAAGGAGAGAAGAAGAUGCAGUAUCAAAAUCAAGCUGCAAUACUUCAAGAAUUAUUUCAAGUCCCCUGUUGAUCACUUGAGGCUCUUGCACAUGCUAUGAAAUUCACCAGAAGUCAUCUCAUGGAGCUUGAUCUUUUAUGCCUUGGAGAGCGCCAUCCCACAUUAUCUCUCCAUGUUCUUCUCACUGACUUCACCCUGCCAUGAAUCACAGGGCUCCUCAUCCCUUCAUACACUGCAGGCAUGCCAGGCUAUGUCUAACACAGCACAGGUCCCAGCCCAGGGUGCUUGCUUUCACUCAAAUUGCACAUUUCAUAACUUGCUUGUAAAGCACUUUGAAGAUAUGACACUAAGUGUUGCUAACACAAAAUGGUAUUGUUGGACAGGUUUAACAUGAGCAAUUAAACAGUAAUUCCAUAAAAAAAUUCCAUAAAAAAAGGUGUGAGGUAGAAAGUUAAAGGUAGAAUUAAGUCAUAUAUGCUUACCUUGUAUCCAAAUCUUCAGGCUGUUGAUUACUUGGACUGACACUGAAAAUAAGCUUCCAUCUCUUUUUACACACAGCCUUCCAGCUAGGAACUGCUAAGGCCCUGUGCUCAGACCCUAACUGCUUUGACAGGUACAUGGGUGCUGCCAGCUAGGAUAGCAAGUGGCUGACACGGAUCAGGCUUUGUGGAAGGUGAAGGUCUAGAAGCUGUGAGAGUAGGGCUCCUGCCUGCUGUCUGCGGCUGUCCAAAAUGAGCUGGAUGGAUGCACAGAGCACUGGAGAAAAGACCUACAGAGCAGCACUGUCAGGCAGUGAUGAAUAUAACUGCAGUGGGGAUGAGGAGCCCUCACAAUUCCCAUUAAAUUCCCUUUUGAAAGAGGGUUUGAUCAGUUCAGCAGUGAUGCUUGCCUCACCACCUUCCCACACCACCCAGAAUGGCCAAGUCACAGAGCUGUUUCUUGUACAAGGCAUCGAGGCAGUGAUUGUCCCCUGUGCUGGGCACUGGUCAGGCCACACCUCAGAUCCUGCGUUCAGUUUUGGGCCCCUCACUACAGGAAAGACAUUGAGGGGCUGGAGCACAAGUCUGAUGAGGAGCAGCUGAGGGAUCUGGGGGUGCUUAGCCUGGAGAAAAGGGGACUCAGGAGACCUUACAGCUCUCUACAGCUCCCUGACAGGAGGCUGUAGCCAGGUGGGAAUCAGGCUCUGCUCCCAGGGAACAGGUGACAGGAUGAGAAUGAACUGCCUUGAGUCGCACCAGGGGAAGUCUACAUUGCAUAUUAGGAGAAAUUUCUGUACUGAAACAGUUGUGAGGCAUUGGAAUAGGAUGUCCACGGAAGUGGUGGAAUCUCUACCCCGAAGUGUUCAAAAGAGGUGUGGAUGUUGCACCUGGGGACUUGGUUUAGUGGUGGAUGUCAUGGUGCUGUGUUAACAGUUGGACUCAAUGAUCUCAGAAGUCUUUUCCAACCAUAAUUGGAAGAUUGGUCUAUAGGUCCCACAGGGAUCAACAGCAUGAGCUUCAUGGCAGGAUAUUCCUUCCAUAAUGCAGAAUUUGCACAUCUAGAUUCCAGCAUUGGAAGGAGAUCAAAUGUCCCCACAUCCCAGCACCAAUCUGGACA